CCGGUGCAGCGGCUUUUGGGAAAAGGCGCGCGCUGGGUCCAGAAUCUGAGCGGGCCCGGAUUGAGAGAGGAGGCGAAGCUAGGCUCUGCUGUUGCUGAGAGGAACGGGCAGCUGCGACCCCAACGCUGUGGAAUUGCGUGCUGUGGAAAGCCAAAUGUGACACGCGACAAGGCGAUUUUGAAGAAUGUUUCCUGGAACGGGAUCUUUCUGAUUCUUCCUCAACUUCUUUUAUAGAACAUCACGCAAAAGGGGAAAAUGAAGGGACGUUCAAAGAAGAAAUCUGUUCACUUGUACAGUGACGGCGGCCAAUGGAUGUCUAAUUUGCCGGAAUGUCUCUGGGGCAUUCCUCUCUCUAAUUUGUCACUUCCAGGAAGUCAUGAUGCUAUGACUUAUUGCUUGGAUAAGGACUCGGAAGUGAGCAUAAAUGAAUCCAAGUUGCUGCAGUUUAUGGACAAGCAUAUGCACAGCAUAGUACACCCAAUUAUUUUGAGGUGGUCUAUAACACAGGUGCUGACUCUGUCAGAGCAACUGGAUGCUGGAAUAAGGUAUUUUGAUCUGAGGAUUGCUCACAAGCCUGAUGAACCUUCCAUGAAAUUGCACUUUGUUCAUAUGCUGUACACAACAGCGGUUGUAGAGGAUGUCCUGUGGGAUAUUUUACGAUGGUUAAGAAACCACCCCUGGGAGGUUGUCGUUCUAGCUUUCAGAAAUUUUGAUGGAUUAGAUGAGGACCAUCACCGCCAUUUGGUCUCCCGCACAAAGGAGAUCUUCAGUGGCAAACUGUGUCCUAGAAAUGUCACUCCGACCCUACGGAGCAUGUGGUCCUCUGGUUACCAGGUUAUUGUGUCCUAUGAUGAUCCAGGACAAGUGACAAAGCACUGUGAGUUGUGGCCUGCGAUUCCCUACUGGUGGGGAAAUAAAACAACAGCGGCAGAGCUUAUCCGUUACAUGGAGAUGAGGAAAAAGAAUGGUCGCCCAGCGGGAUUAUUUGUUGCAGGAAUCAACCUCACUGGAGAUUUAGGUUAUAUUCUCGCACAUCUACGUGGAUCUGUUAAGAAAAUGACUCUUCCUGCCCUUCCAUUCCUAAAUCAGUGGGUUAAAAAACAGCGCCCUGGAUCCAAGAAAGACUGUAUCAACAUAAUUGCUGGAGACUUCAUAGAAAAAAAUAACUUUGUGGAAAACGUGAUAGGCCUUAAUAGAAAAUUUUUAAAAUAGCAUUGCAGCUUGGAUGCAUGCUUGGGUUAACUCCUAGCAUGCUAUCUCAAAAAAUAGAGAAAGAAGAAACAAAAACCUUAAAUAACCCACCUACCUCACAGGAAUGUUCUGAAGAUUUUGCUUGCAGCUAGGAUAUGGAUAAACCGAAGGUGGCUUCAUGGAAAUUUCUAUGAAAAGACCCAGUUUUCCUGGGAAGCAUUUAGUGCAGUAAUUGCACUAUACUAAUAUACAAUCUCCCAAAGCCCUGCUCUAAAAGAUCUGUGCAUUCCAAUCUACCAGGGGGAUAUAUUACUGUGAAACAUUGAGUGUUUGGGACAGGCAUCCGGCAACCACAGGCAGAGCAGCAUUCUAUGCUGUUGUGAUCUGGGAGAAUAUGGGUGAUACAAAAAUGGAAAACCAGGAAUGCAGGCUCCCACAGUUAGGGAAUUGGCUCAUCUUGAAAGCUGUUAAAAGACGUGCGCACAAAGAAGUAAUCAUGACAGCGCAGCUUUUCUUCUUGGUUCGAAAGCCAAGCUGUAUCAAGUUCCCAAAAAGCUGCAUGCUAAGUGAGACAGCGACUCUUGAUUGCGUGCUCAGCUACACUAGGUCUGUAAAAUUCUGCAGGGUUACCAAAUUCAUCAAGGCUUACUUAUGGAAAAAUAAGGAAUGUGAUAGAAGUUCAUGGUUUAGGAACCACUAGGAACACUAGGAAGACAGGAGUGCCUGGCGUGCUCUGGUCCAUGGGGUCACGAAGAGUCGGACACAACUAAACAACAAGGAACAAAAUGUUUAGCUAGAGCAUCAUGUUUACCAUGGUAGGCAACAGGAAGGGGAAUAUUCAUUCCAAAAGCAAACCUUAGGCAGUCAUACUGAAUAAAUAAGAGCACUGGACUUCAACCACUAUGUAGCAGCGUUACAGAAAAAGCUAAUCUACUUCUAUGAAGGGUAUAAGAAAGGAACAGCAGCAGAAAGGCUGACCAAUGUAUUUCAGAAUCCCUAGUCAGUGUUAACAGUUCUAAGUGUACAUUGGAAAAAAUAGAGCUACAAUCAAGUUUCCCCUCAAGGCAUUAAAUAUUUAUUUUUGUUAAAGGAGGCCUGUAAUAUAAAACUUUAGGACUUUUCUUCUCCAAAUAAGUAAGUACUUUUUAACAAAGUGUCAGGAAUUGUAACACAGAAGUUAGAGCAGCAUUAGCAGUCUGGAAAAUCACGGCAACUUUUCUGAUAAAACAACAUUCACUUUGAUUAAAAAUUAGCUUUCUGACUGAUAACAAACCCUGCAUAUAAGCAGUUGAAUAGAUCUGCCACUUUGCCAAGAAUGGGUGGUUUUAUGCAAUUCCCCAUAAACCGAAAGUGUUGCAACUGUCUCAUGGCAUUUUCACAAAUACGCUUCUUCAGCAAUUCAAGGCAAACAGUUCCUGAUCUGUCUGAAGCAAACAGGAUGAAGCUCUAUAUUCUAGCAAAGCGCUCUCUCUCUCUCUCUGUGUGUGUGUGUGUGUGUGUGUGUUUGACAGCUCUGUAAUACCUAUUAAACAGAGACUCUCUGCAAAGAUAAUUUAUCUUGUUAA